UCCUUUCGAUAGCAGAGGCUAACUAGGACGUCCAAGCUGAGCCAGCCAAGGAAGGGUGGGAAGGAGAGGGAUUGGAGAGCGACCCUGGCCAGAGACACUGGAGUUUUCCCUUGCCUCUUCUGGACCAAGAGCGCGAGAGGGAGGGUAAUUCAGAGAAGGACUUCUGAAAAGAAAUGACUUAAACUUUGAAAAGGCAGUCUUCUAAUCAGCUGCUGCCCAGGGAUGGAUCCAUUUACGGCCUCUCAGAUCUGAAAAGAAAAGUGUCUAGAUGAGAGUAGCAUAGAAUCUCCAGCUGUCAAGAUUUGUGGUUUCAUGGGAGGAUUCUCUUGCUGGAAGGUGCCUACCACAGAAACAUCAUGGCCACUUCCUCGAGAAUGCUAUCAAGAUCUCCUCGAGACAUUGCCAAUGUGAUGCAAAGACUCCAAGAUGAGCAAGAGAUAGUGCAAAAACGGACUUUUACAAAAUGGAUCAACUCUCAUCUGGCUAAGCGAAAUCCCCCAAUGGUGGUGGAUGAUCUUUUUGAAGACAUGAAAGAUGGGAUUAAACUACUGGCCCUCCUGGAAGUUCUAUCAGGGCAGAAACUGCCAUGUGAGCAAGGACGCCACAUGAAAAGAAUUCACUCGGUGGCAAACAUUGGUACUGCCCUUAAGUUUCUUGAAGGAAGAAGGUCCAUGUACAGAGGAUCACCGAUUAAACUAGUGAACAUAAAUUCCACUGACAUUGCUGAUGGCCGACCUUCUAUUGUCCUUGGCUUGGUUUGGACCAUUAUUCUGUAUUUUCAGAUUGAAGAGUUGACGAGCAACCUUCCACAACUCCAGUCACUGUCCAGUAGUACAUCUUCUAUGGACAGCAUCCUCAGCUCAGAAACUGCCAGCCCACCAAACAAACGGAAGGUGGUGACCAAGGCCCAAGGGAAUGCAAAGAAGGCCCUAUUAAAGUGGGUGCAGUACACAGCAGCAAAGCAGGUUGGGAUUGAAGUAAAAGAUUUCGGACGAAGUUGGAGAAGUGGUGUGGCAUUUCAUUCAGUUAUUCAUGCUAUUCGGCCAGAACUAGUGGAUUUGGAGAAAGUGAAAGGAAGACCUAACAGGGAGAACUUGGAAGAGGCUUUCACCAUUGCUGAAACAGAAUUAGGAAUCCCAAGACUCCUAGAUCCUGAAGAUGUGGAUGUGGACAAACCAGAUGAGAAGUCUAUUAUGACUUAUGUAGCCCAAUUUCUGAAAUAUUAUCCUGAUGUUCAUAACACAGGCACUGAUGAACAAGAAAAUGAUAGGGAAGACAAACUAGUGCCAAGAGAAACAAAAGUUUGGAUAGAACAGUUUGAAAGAGAUAUGACAAGGGCACAAAUGACUGAAGCGAGUUUACAGGACAAAUACCAGUCAUUUAAGCACUUCAGAGUUCAGUAUGAAAUGAAGAGGAAACAAAUUGAACUUUUAAUUCAACCACAACGCAGAGAUGGCAAAUUGUCACUUGAUCAAGCUCUGGUGAAGCAGGCAUGGGACAGAGUGUCCUCUAGGCUCUUUGAUUGGCACAUACAGCUUGAUAAGUCUCUUCCUGCACCACUAGGCACAAUAGGCGCCUGGCUUUAUAGGGCAGAAGUUGCCUUACAGGAGGAAAUAACUAUUCAGCAGGUCCAUGAAGAAACUGCAAACACAAUACAUCGGAAGCUGGAACAGCAUAAGGAUCUACUUAAAAACAUAGAUGGCCACAGAAAGGCAUUCCAUGAGAUCCACCGGACCAGGUCUGUUAAUGGUGUCCCUGUUCCACCUGAACAGUUAGAGGACAUGGCUGAAAGGUUUAAUUUUGUUUCAUCUGCCUCGGAACUCCACCUAAUGAAAAUGGAAUUUCUGGAAUUAAAGUACCGGCUGUUGUCACUGUUAGUCUUAGCAGAGUCGAAGUUAAAAUCAUGGAUUAUCAAAUAUGGAAGAAGGGAGACAGUGGAGCUACUUCUACAGAAUUACAUUUCUUUUAUAGAAAAUAGUAAAUUUUUUGAACAAUAUGAAGUAACGUACCAUAUCUUGAAGGAGGCCGCUGAAAUGUAUGUGAAAGCAGAUGGCUCAGUGGAAGAGGCAGAGAAUGUGAUGAAAUUCAUGAAUGAAACAACUGCUCAAUGGAGGAAUUUGUCUGUGGAAGUGAGAAGUGUCAGGAGCAUGCUAGAAGAAGUCAUUUCUAACUGGGACAGGUACAGCAAUACUGUGGCCAGUCUACAAGCCUGGCUGGAGGAUGCUGAAAAAAUGUUAAACCAAUCAGAGCAUGCCAAAAAGGAUUUUUUCCGAAAUUUACCUCAUUGGAUCCAGCAGCACACAACUAUGAAUGAUGCUGGCAAUUUUCUUAUUGAAACAUGUGACGAGACGGUUUCCCGAGACCUUAAGCAGCAAUUGCUUUUGUUAAAUGGACGUUGGAGAGAACUGUUUAUGGAAGUGAAACAAUAUGCUCGAGCAGAUGAGCUUGACCGAAUGAAAAAAGAAUAUCUAGAUUAUGUUACCACAUUGUCCGUUUUUACCGCUGAAGCCAAUGGAAAACUUUCUGAGCCUUUAGAUGUUUCUUUUCUUAAUGUCAAGAUGUUAUUUCAAGAUUUAGAGGAUAUUAAGCAGAAGAUGCCUGGGAUGGAAGCUCAAUACAAGAUUAUCACAAGGACAGCACAGCUUAUUACAAAAGAGAGUCCCCAAGAAGAAGCCCGCGAAAUCCUUGCAACCAUAUCUGGACUCAAAGAUCAGCUAAACAAGGUCAAAGAAUGUUACCCUGCAUUACUUUAUGAGACUCAACAGCUGCUGAUUCCACUGGAAGAAUUAGAAAAGCAGAUCACACUCUUUUAUGAGGCACUUGAGAGGAUCAAUGAAACUAUGUCACUCCUUGAAAGGGAAGCACAAGCUACCACCCUUUUUAAACAAAAACAUCAGGAGUUGUUAUCUCAUCAAGAAAGUUGCAGGAAGACUUUGACACUAAUUGAGAAAGACAGUCAAAAUGUGCAGAAAUUUGUGGCCUUGAGUAAGGUGUUAAAACACUUUGAUCAGAGCAUGCUGCAAAGGAAGGUUGCUGAGGUUCAUGUUGCUUUUCAGAAUAUGGUAAAGAAAACUGGUGAGUGGAAAAAGCACGUAGAAACAAAUAGCCGUUUGAUGAAGAAAUUUGAGGAGUCCAGAGCAGAACUGGAGAAAGUUCUCCAGAUUGCCCAGGCCAGCAUAAAAGAAAAAGGGGAUCCUGAAGCACUUCUGAAGAAACAUACGGAGUUUUUUAGUCAGCUGGAUCAGAGGGUACUAAAUGCCUUCCUGAAAGCUUGUGAUGAGCUAACUGACAUCCUCCCUGAGCAAGAACAGCAGGGUCUACAGGAAGCUGUUAGAAAACUCCAUAAACAAUGGAAGGAUCUCCAAGGAGAAGCUCCCUAUCACUUACUUCACUUAAAGAUAGACGUGGAGAAAAACAGAUUUCUGGCUUCAGUAGAAGAGUGCAAAUCAGAGCUUGGUCGAGAGAACAAGUUGGUGCUACAGGAAGGCAGUGAAAAGAUCAUUCAAGAGCAUAAGAUUUUCUUCAGCGACAAAGGACCCCAUCAUCUUUGUGAGAAAAGGUUACAACUGAUUGAAGAGCUCAGUCUGAAACUUCCAGUCCGUGACCCUGUUAGGAAUACACCGGAGAACUGUCAAGCCACUCUCAGAGAUCUUAAAGCUAUGAUUGAUAGCACUUAUAAGAAAUUGAUGGAAAACCCAGAUAAAUGGAGAGAUUACAAGACUAGAUUUUCUGAACUCUCAUCUUGGAUAUCUGCAAAAGAGAGAGAGUUGCAACUGAUGAAGCAGGAAGCCAAAGAUACUGCCACAUACGGAAAGUCCAAACUUGCUGCAGAGGAAAUUAGAGAUGAGAUGAACAAACAAGGAGAGAAUCUUGGUUGGUUGAAGGCUAGGCUGAAAACUCUUACUGAAGUUUCUGCUGAGAAAGAAAUCCAGAAGCAAGAUGAUGAACUCACAAAACUCUCGAGUGACUUCAAGGGCCUCAUAACUUUGCUGUCAGAGGUUGAAAAGAUGCUAAGCACUCUUGGGGAUCGUGUCCAGUACAAGGAAAUUGCAAAAAGCUCCCUUGAACAGUUAAUUAACACCUCCAAAGAAGUUCAGGAGCAAGCAGAAAAGAUCUUGGACACUGAAAACUUAAUUGAAGCCCAGCAGUUACUUCUACAUCAUCAGCAAAAGACCAAGAGGAUUCAUGCAAAGAAGAAAGACGUGCAAGAGCAGAUUGCCAGGGCUAAGCAGGAUGAAGGUGGGCUACCUAGCAGAGUCCAAGAGGACCUGAAAAAGCUGGAGGAUACUUUAGAGAACAUGGAGCAGAAUAGGGAAAAGCAGGAGCGCCGCCUACAGGUCACAAUAAGAAAGUGGGAGCGCUUUGAGACAAACAAAGAAACAGUGGUCAGAUACCUUUUUCAAACAGGUUCCAGCCAUGAACGUUUCUUGAGUUUUAGCAGCUUAGAGAGCCUGUCCUCAGAACUGGAUCAGACAAAGGCAUUUUCUAAGCACACAGAAGCCAUUGCAGUUCAGGCUGAGAAUCUUGUGAAGGAAGCGUCAGAGAUACAGCUGGGAUCGAAGACUAAGCAGACUCUUCAGCAACAGGCCAAGUCAGUCAAGGAACAAGUCAAGAAAUUGGAAGACACCCUUGAAGAAGAUAUUAAAACCAUGGAAAUGGUGAAAAACAAGUGGGAGCAUUUUGGCAAUAAUUUUGAGGCCCUCUCCGUCUGGAUUACUGAAAGAGAAAAAGAGUUGGAUGCCUUGGAAACUUCAUCAUCUCCUUGGGACAUGCAAAUCAGCCAAAUUAAGGUUAUUCUCAAGAGAAUAGAAAAUAAUCAAAGUGACAUUCCAAGAUUAGAAGAGGAAACUCAAUCUUUCGCUCAGUUUAUCACCACUGGAGAAUCUGCUCGAAUUAAAGCCAAAUUGACACAAAUAAGGAGACGUUGGGAAGAGCUCAAAGAGCAUGCUCAUUGUCUGGAAGCCACACUCCUGGAAAAUGAAUCUCAGCAACAAAAGUUUGAAGAAAGCCUCAAAAAGGUCCAACAAUCUGUGUUUGAAUUUGAAAAUAAGUUAAAUGAACCAGUUAAAGUAUGUUCUUCAGCUACAGAGACAUACAGAGCUCUCCAAGAACAUAUGGAUCUCUGCCAGUCUUUGGAAACAAUGAGCAGCGCAGUUACCUCUUUGUCAGUGAGUGCCCACAAGGUUAUUAACAAAGAUUCAUCUGUUCAAGAAGCAAUGACUCUCCAGCAAAGACAUGAGAAGAUGAUUAGUAUCACUAAGGAACAGCAAAUGAUGCUAGAAAAUCUAUUGGCUCACUGGCAGAGGUUAGAAAAAGAACUAUCUACCUUUCUGACCUGGUUGGAGCGGUGUGAAGCCGGAGCCACUUCCCCAGAGAGUGGCAUUUCUGCAGACAGAGGCAAACUGGAGAGUGAACUUCAGCUAGUACAGGCACUGCAGAAUGAAGUUGUAUCCCAUGCCUCAUUGUACAGCAAUCUCUUACAGUUGAAAGAAUCUCUCUUCUCGGUGGCUUCUAAAGAUGAUGUGAAAGUGAUUCAGCUACAGCUAGAGCAGCUGGAUGAGAGAUGGAGAGUUUUGCCUCAAAUAAUUAGCAAAAGAAUUAGUUUCCUCCAAUCUGUAGUUACUGAACAUCAGCAAUUUGAUGAACUGCUACUUUCAUUUUCUGUCUGGAUUAAGCAGUUUCUCAGUGAUUUACACUGUACUUCUGAGAUCAGUAUAAUGGACCAUCAAGCUGCUCUAGUUCAACAUAAGGACCACUCAGCAGAAGUAGAGAGCAAGAAGGAAGAAAUUCUUCAGCUAAAGGCUCACUUAGGAAAGUUAUGUUCUUUCAGCAGAGGAGAGGACCACCACACUCUCCAGGGCAGGGCAGAGGAUUGCUUCCAGCUGUUCCAAGAGGCCAGUCAGAUGAUUGAGAGAAGGAAACUUGCAUUGACAGAGUUGACCCAGUUCCUCCAGGCCCAUGCUUCUUUAUCAAGUGUUCUCCAUAGGCUAAGGCAAACUGUGGAAGCUACUAGUAACAUGGAUAAGACACAGUCUGAAUUAUUGGAGAAGGACUUAAAUGAUGCAAUUAUGGAUGCUAAAAAUUUAGACUGCACUGCAAUUAAUCUAGAUGGAAUUCUCACAAAAGCUCAGUAUCACCUGAAAAGUGGCAUGGAGCAGAGAGCUUCCUGUAGGAAAAUGGCAGAUCAACUUGGUUUGGAAUUAGAGAGCAUCCAGAAUCUCCUGGGGACCAAGCAGAGUGAGGCAGAGGCCUUUGAAGCCCUGAGAAAGGCUUUUGUAGAUCACAAGGAAGCCCUCCUGAAGAGUCUUGAAGAUAUUGAAGAAAGGGCUGACAAAGAACGGUUGAAGGAACUCACCCAACAAGCUGUUCAACAAAGGUUGCGAGUUUUUAAUCAGUUAGAAGAUGAGUUGAAUUCUCAUGAGCAUGAAUUGUGGUGGCUGAAGGACAAAGCUAAACAAAUAGCUCAGAAAGAUGUGACUUCUGCACCAGAAUUUGAUGAAGAGAUAAAUCGUCUGGAAGCUACCUGGGAUGACACAAAGAAGCUGAUUCAUGAAAAUCAAGGUCAGUGCUGUGGACUUAUUGAUUUGAUGAGAGAAUAUCAGAAUUUGAAGUCAGUGGUAUAUAAAGUCCUAGAGAAUGCCAGCAAUGUAACUAUGACCAGAUCUACUGUAAAGGAUCAGGAGGACAUUAGAUGGGCCUUAUCUAAGCAUGAAACUGUCAAGACUGAGAUGAAUGGGAAGCAAAAGGAACUGGAUGACUUUACAAGUAAAGGAAAACACUUGAUAUCUGAACUGAAAAGAACUCAAAGCAGUGAUUUCAUUCUGGUGAAAACAGACAUGGAUAGCACUGUGGAUAGAUGGCUAGAUAUUUCAGAGAAAAUUGAGGAGAACAUGGAUAGACUUACCAUAAGCCUGUCUCUUUGGGAAGAUGUGCUUGCAGCUAGAGAUGAAAUUGAUGGCUGGUCAAACAGCUCCAUACCACAGCUGACAGAAAAUAUUAGCAACCUCAGUAGUAGCCUCAAAACAGAAGCAUUCCUUAAGGAAUUUGAGUGUGAAGUUAAAAAUAAAGGACUUAAAUUGGAAGAACUUCAUUCAAAAAUUUUAAAUCUUAAAGGACUGACCAAAAAUCAGGAAACACCUCCAGAUCUUCAGUUUAUAGAAAAAGAUUUAAGGCAAAAACUGGAGCAUGCCAAAGAAGUAACUGAAAUAGCAAAGGGAACCCUGAAAGAUUUUACUGCCCAAAAAAUGCAGUUAGAAAAAUUUAUUCAUGAAGUUGAAACUUGGCUUACAAAAACCGAAGAAUCUUUAUUGAACUGUGCACAAACUCAGAACUGUGAAAGCUUAAAAAAAGUAAAGGAAAUUCAAAAAGAACUUCAAGGUCAGCAGAGUAGCAUCAAUUCUACACAAGAAAAUCUCAACAGCCUAUGUCGCAAGUACCAUUCAGCUGAGCUGGAGACCUUGGGCAGCACAAUCACUCUCCUAAUAAAGAAGCACGAAGCUGUCAGUCAUCUUGGCUCCAGAACACAGGCCAGCCUACAGGAUUUUCUGGAAAAACACUUCACUGAGUCUAUGCAGGCAUUCCAAACAUGGUUUUCUGGUGUGAAGGCAGCAGUGAGAGAAUCAUCAGAUAGAUCUGGGGACAGCAAAGUCAUAGAGGCAAAGCUACAGAAUCUACAGAGCAUUUUGGACUCGAUCAGUGAUGGCCAGAACAAACUUGAUGCAGUGACUCAGGAAGGACAGAAUUUAUAUGCUUACUUAUCUAAACAAAUUGUGAGUAGUAUUGAGGAACAGAUUACAAAAGCUAAUGAAGAAUUUCAAGCAUUCCUGAAAGAUUGCCUUAAAAAUAAACAGGCUCUUCAGGACUGUGCUACAGAACUGGGGAGUUUUGAAGAUCAGCACAAGAAACUCAGUCUGUGGAUUCAUGAAAUGGAGGAAAGAUUAAGCACAGAAAAUUUUGGAGAGUAUAAACAGCAUAUUCCUGAGAAGAAAAAUGAAGUUCAUAAAGUUGAAAUGUUUCUGGGGGAACUGCUAGCUGCAAGAGAAUCCCUUGAUAAGCUUUCUCAGAGAGGGCAGAAUUUAAGUGAAGAAGGACACGGGGUUGGAAAAGAAGUACGUCUGGCUGCACAGCUCCUCACUGGUUAUCAGAACUUACUCAAAAUUACAAAGGAGAAAUUAAGAACUUGCCAAGUAGCUCUGCAGGAACACCAGGCCCUGGAAGAAGCCCUUCAAGGCAUGUGGUCCUGGGUGAAAGAUGUGCAAGACAAGUUGGCUUCCGCAGAAAGCACUGUUGGCAGCAAAGCCAUCUUAGAGAAACGACUCUUACAAAUCCAGGAGAUACUUUUGAUGAAAGGUGAAGGUGAAGUGAAAUUGAAUAUGGCCAUUGGGAAAGGAGAACAGGCCUUGAAAAGUAGCAACAAAGAAGGCCAGAAGGUGAUUCAGACUCAGCUCCACACACUUACAGAUGUGUGGGAUAAUGUCAUGAUCACUGCUGUCCGUGCUCAGAGCUCUUUGGAGUCUGUGAUUACUCUGUGGAAUGAUUAUAUGGAGAGGAAGGUCCAGUUGGAGCAAUGGAUGGAAUCAGUGGAUCACAAAGUGGAACAUCCCUUACAGCCCCAGAUGGGACUGAAGGAGAAAUUUUCCCUCCUGGAUCACUUUCAGUCCAUUGUUUCAGAGGCAGAUGAUCAUGUUGGGGCCUUCCAUCAUGUAAUUGAAAAAUCCAUAGAGCUCUAUGAGAAGACCGAGGAUGAUUCACUUAAUGAAGCUUCUCAGGAGGAACUGAGAACACAGUUUAAUGAUCUCAGCACUGUUGCAAAGGAGAAAAUGAGGAAAGUAGAAGAAAUUGUAAAGGACCAUCUGAUGUACAUGGAUGCAGUUCACGAAUUUACAGAUUGGCUCCAUUCAGCAAAGGAAGAACUUCACCGCUGGUCAGAUGCAUCAGGAGAUUCAUCUGCCACCCAGAAAAAAUUAUCCAAAAUUAAGGAGUUGAUAGAUUCCAGACAGAUUGGUGCAAGCCGCCUAAACAGAGUGGAGUUGCUGGCUCCUGCAGUGAAACAGAGCACAGCUGCCAGUGGGUGUGAACUUAUGGACACAGAGAUGCAGGCCCUUCGCUCUGACUGGAAGCAGUGGGAAGACAGCGUCUUCCAAACACAGGACUGCUUGGAGAAUCUCAUUAGCCAAAUGGCCCUAUCGGAGCAGGAGUUCACAGCCCAAGUGGCCCAGCUGGAGCAGGCCCUGGAGCAUUUCACUACCCUUUUGGAAACCUGGUCUCAGAAAAUAGCUCUCUUGGAAGGGAAGAAUACAGACCAAGAAAUAGUGGAUUGCUGGCACCAAGAAAAAGAAAUAUUGGAUGCACUGGGGAAAGCAGAACCCUUGACUGAUGAGCUCAAAUCUCAGUUAAAUGAUCUGUGUAGAUUUUCUAGAGACCUUAGCACUUACAGCGGAAAGGUUUCUGGUUUAAUUAAAGAAUACAACAGUCUUUGUUUGCAAGUAUCUAAGGACUGUCAGAAUAAAGAGCAGAUUUUACAGCAACGGUUCCAAAAAGCUUUCAGGGAUUUCCAACAAUGGCUAGUCAAUGCCAAAAUCACUACAGCCAAAUGUUUUGAAGUUCCUCAAAAUAUUACUGAAGUAUCAACAAGUCUGCAGAAAAUACAGGAAUUUUUAUCAGAAAGUGAAAAUGGGCAGCACAAGCUAAACAUGGUUAUAUCGAAAGGAGAACUUCUGAAUCCUCUUAUCACAAAAGAGAAGGCUAAAUCUGUCCACGACAAAGUUGUCACUGCAAAAGAGGACUGGAAAGGCUUUUACUCCAACCUCUGUCAAAAGGAGUCUGCCCUAGAGAACCUGAAGAUCCAAAUGAAGGACUUUGAAGUGAGUGCAGAGCCGGUGCAGAACUGGCUGAACAAAACUGAGAAGAUGGUACGAGAAAGCAGCAGUCGACUCCAUGAUCUGCCCGCGAAGAGGAGAGAGCAGCAGAAGCUUCAGUCUGUCCUUGAGGAAAUAAACUGCCAUGAGCCUCAGCUCACCAGGCUCAAAGAAAAAGCUCAGCAGCUGUGGGGAGAACAAGCUGCCAGCAAAAACUUUACGCACAGAGUGUCUCAGCUGUCUUCUCAGUACCUAGCACUGAGCAAUUUAACAAAGGAGAAAGUUUCACGGUUGGACAGGAUCGUAGCUGAGCACAACCAGUUCUCCCUCAGUGUUAAAGAGCUACAAGAUUGGAUGGCAGAUGCAGUUCAUAUGCUGGAAUCCUAUUGUCAGCCAACUUCGGACAAAAGUGUCCUGGAUAGCAGAAUGCUAAAGCUGGAGGCACUACUUUCUGUGAAGCAGGAAAAAGAGAUUCAAAUGAAAAUGAUACUGACCAGAGGAGAAUGUGUUCUACAAAAUACCUCUCCAGAAGGUGUUCCUGCUAUUCAGCAACAAUUACAGACUGUCAAAGACAUGUGGUCUUCUCUUUUGUCCACUGCCAUCCGUUGUAAAAGUCAAUUGGAAGGAGCUCUGUCUAAAUGGACAAGUUAUCAAGAUGAUGUUCGACAGUUUUCCAACUGGAUGGACAAUGUAGAAGCUAGUAUAAAUGAAUGUGAAAGGCAGUGGGCAGAACUUCGAGAUAAAACUAUGGCCCUUGGGAAAGCAAAGUUAUUGAAUGAAGAAGUACUGAGUCACAGCAGCUUGCUAGAGACGAUUGAGGUAAAGGGUGCCGGAAUGACUGAACACUAUGUGACACAGUUAGAACGUCAGGAUCUCCAAGAACGGUACAAAGCAAUUGAAGACAGGACCAAGGAAGCAGUAGCCAAGUGUGAGAGGCUUGUUCGUCUUCACCAAGAAUACCAAAGAGAUCUCAAGGCUUUUGAACUUUGGUUGCAACGAGAACAAGAAAAAUUAGACCACUUUUCACUUCUUGAAGGUGAUGCUAAGACUCAUGAGACAACAUUACAUGACCUACAGGAGUUACAGAUACACUGUGCAGAGGGGCAGGCAUUACUGAAUGCAGUACUUCAUACCAGAGAGGAAGUGAUACCCUGGGGCAUACCACAGGCUGAGGAUCGUGUUUUAGAGUCCUUAAGACAGGACUGGCAGACAUAUCAACAAAAGCUGUCAGAGACUCGAACCCAAAUCAACAAUAUAGUAAACAAGCUGAGGCUGAUGGAGCAAAAGUUUCAACAGGUUGAUGACUGGCUGAAGACUUUGGAAGAGAAAGUUAAUGUCAGCACUGGACGUCAAUCUAACCGAGCAGUAAAGGAGAUGCAGCUACAUCAAAUGAAGAAGUGGCAUGAAGAGAUCGCAACAUACAAAGAUGAAGUUGAGGAAGUUGGAUCUCGAGCUCAGGAGAUAUUGGAAGAGACUCAAGUGAGCAGCAGAACAGGAUACCAAGCAACACAGUUAACCUCUCGAUAUCAGGCCCUUCUUCUUCAUGUACUAGAGCAAAUCAAGUUUCUGGAGGAAGAGAUUCAGAGUUUAGAUGAAUCGGAUUUAUCUUUCAGUGCCUACACUGAUUGGUAUGGGUCCACUCAUAAGAACUUCAAGAAUAUAGCUACUGAAACCAACAAAGUGGAUAAAAUCAUGAUGCAGAAGAAAAUGAAGACAUUAGAGUCUUUGCUGAAUGAGGUGGAGAAAGGUCACAGUUUGCUGAAAUCAGCCAGGGAGAAAGGCGAGAAAGCAAUUCAGUACCUGGAGGGUAGUGAAGCUGAAAUACUAAGGAAAGAGAUCAGCGGUCACGUGGAGCGACUGGAAGAGCUGGCCAGCACUGUCAGAAAGGAGCACAGGACCCUGGAGAAAUGUUUACAAUUAGCCAAAGAAUUUACAGAUAAAUAUAAAGUACAGAGUCAAUGGAUAGCUGAAUACCAGGCUGUACUUCACAGUCCCGAAGACCCCAAGAUGGAAUUAUAUGAGAAAAAAGCCCAAUUGUCUAAAUUCAAGUCAAUCCAACAGAUGGUGCUAUCUCAUGAGCCAUCAGUAAAAUCUAUAAAUGAAAAAGGAGAAGCCCUUCUGGAACUGGUACCAGAUGUUACUUUAAAGGAUAAAAUUCAGAAACUUCAAACUGAUUACCAGGACCUUUGCAAUGCAGGGAAGGAGCAUGUGAUGAGCCUGGAGGUAAAAGUGAAAGAACAUGAAGAGUAUAAUAAUGAGCUUCAGGAAGUGGAAAAGUGGCUGUUACAGAUGUCUGGCAGGCUGGUAACACCAGACCUCAUGGAGAUGAGCAGCUUAGAAACAAUCACCCAGCAGCUGGCCAGCCACAAGGCUAUGAUGGAAGAGAUUGCAGGGUUUGAAGACCGUUUGAACGAUCUGAAAACUAAAGGGGAUCAUCUGAUCAGUCAUUGUGCAGACCAGCUUCAAGCCAAGCUUAAACAAAAUGUACAAGCUCAUUUACAGGGCACAAAGGAUAGUUACUCUGCUAUCUGCAGUACUGCACAAAGGGUUUACCAGAGCUUGGAACAUGAGCUUCAGAAAUAUGUCAGCAGGCAAGAUACCUUGCAGCAAUGCCAGGCAUGGCUUGGUGCAGUUCAACCAGAUUUAAAGCCAAGCCCUCAUCCACCUUUGAGCAGAGCAGAGACAGUUAAGCAGGUGAAACAUUUCAGAGCUCUUCAGGAGCAAGCCAGAACCUACUUAGACCUUCUGUGUUCAAUGUGUGAUUUGUCCAACUCAUCAGUGAAGACUACAGCAAAGGACAUCCAACAGACAAAGCAAACGAUUGAACAGAAGAUAACAAACUCACAGAGUUUAACUCAGGGCUGGGAAGAGAUUAAACAGAUGAAGGCAGAGCUUUGGAUCUAUUUCCAGGAUGCAGAUCAACAGCUGCAGAAUAUGAAAAGGAGGCAGGCUGAAUUGGAGCUAAAUAUUGCACAAAACAUGGUUUCCCAAGUAAAGGAAUUUGUUAAGAAGCUCCAAUCCAAACAAGCAGCCAUAACAGCUGUAACUGAAAAGGUGAAUAAGCUAACACAAGGACAAGAGUCUCCUGAACACAAGGAAAUAAAUCAUUUAAGUAACCAGUGGAUAGAUCUCUGCCUACAGACCAACAAUCUGCACUUGCAAAGAGAGGAAGAUCUUCAAAGGACAAGAGAUUACCAUGAUCGUAUGAAUGUGGUUGAAGUAUUCUUAGAAAAAUUUACCAAAGAGUGGGACAAGUUGGCCAGAUCAGAUGCUGAGAGUACAACUGUGCACCUUGAGUCAUUGAAAAAGUUAACAUUGGCAUUGAAAGAAAAAAAGCACAUUAUUGAAGACUUGAAAGACCAGAAACAGAAAAUGAUAGAUCACUUGAAUUUAGAUGACAAAGAGUUAGUCAAAGAACAGACAAGUCACUUUGAACAGCGCUGGUUUCAGCUUGAAGACCUUGUUAAGAGGAAAAUCCAAUUGUCAGUCACAACUUUAGAGGAGCUAAAUUUGGUACAGUCCAGAUUUCAGGAACUAACAGAGUGGGCUGAAGAACAGCAGCCUGGAAUAGUUGAAGCACUCAAGCAGAGCCCUCCCCCUGAUCUAGCUCAAAAUUUGCUCAUGGAUCACCUUGCCAUCUGCAGUGAACUGGAGUCCAAACAGAUGAUCUUAAAAUCACUCAUUAAGGAUGCUGACAGAGUGAUGGUUGAUUUAGGCCUCAAUGAAAGACAACUAAUCCAGAAGGUACUCUCUGAUGCACAAUGCCACGUCAGUUGCCUCAGUGAUUUAGUGGGUCAGAGAAGAAAACACUUAAAUAAGGCAUUAUCUGAGAAGACCCAGUUCUUCAUGGCAGUGUUUCAAGCUAGCAGCCAAAUUCAGCAGCAUGAGAGAAAGAUCAUGUUCCAUGAGCACAUUUGUCUAUUGCCAGAUGAUGUUAGUAAGCAGGUCAAGACUUGUAAGAGUGCCCAAGCCAGCUUAAGAACUUAUCAGCAUGAAGUCACUGGCCUUUGGGCUCAAGGGCGUGAUUUAAUGAAGGAAGCAACAGACCAAGAAAAGAAUGAAGUAUUAAGUAAGCUUCAAGAACUUCAGGGCAUCUAUGACACUGCUUUACAGAAGUGUAGCCAAAGGUUACAAGAACUGGAGAAGAAUUUGGUUUCUAGGAAGCAUUUUAAGGAAGAUUUUGAUAAAACUUGUCAUUGGCUAAAACAAGCAGAUAUCAUUACAUUUCCUGAAAUAAACCUGAUGAGUUUUAACCUUCAUGGCCAGCUGGCAAAAUACCAGUGCCUUCUUGAACAAUCUCUUGAAUUUGAAAACCUUCUGCUAACCCUCCAAAGAACUGGACAAGCAAUCUUGCCAUCACUUAAUGAGAUGGACCAUUCCUACCUCGAUGAAAAGCUGAAUUCUUUGCCCCAACAAUUUAAUGUUGUUGUGGCCCUGGCUAAAGAUAAGUUCUACAAGGUACAAGAAGCUAUCCUUGCUCGGAAAGAAUAUUCCUCCUUGAUUGAAUUGACUUUCCAAUCUCUAAGUGAACUGGAAGACCAGUUUGUAAACAUGAACAAAGUCCCCACGAAUCUGUCAACACAAGAAGCCUCGUCUCUUCAAGAAGCUUGUAGAGUUCUUCUUGGAGAAAUUUUAAGUCUUGGGGCAGCAGUAGAUGAGCUGAACCAAAAGAAGGAAGGUUUUCGUAGCACAGGUCAGCCAUGGCAGCCAGAUGAGAUGCUCAAACUUGUUACUUUGUAUCACAAGCUGAAAAGACAAACAGAACAAAGGGUUAACUUAUUAGAAGACAUGACAAAUGCUUACCAGGAACAUGAAGAAAUGUGCCACCAGCUGGAGAAACAGCUAGAAGCUGUGAAGAAAGAGCAAACCAAAGUUAAUGAGGAAACUCUUCCUGCAGAAGAAAAACUGAAAACAUAUCAUUCACUGGCUGGAAGCCUUCAAGAUUCAGGAAUCCUUCUUAAGAGAGUGACCGGGCACCUUGAAGAUCUUUCUCCAAAUGUUGACCCCAUGGCUUAUGGGAAGGCAAAUCAGCAGGUUAAGGCAUGGCAAGAGGAGCUCACAUUACUGACUUCAGGCAUUAGCGAGACAGUAAUGGAGUGUGAAAAUCGACUGGUUCAAAGCAUAGACUUCCAGACUGAAAUCUGCCGCUCACUUGAUUGGCUAAGACAUGUGAAAGCACAACUUAAUGGAACAAUAUGCUUAGAUACGAAACUUCAGAAUAUUCAAGAGGAAAUCCGAAAGGUUCAGAUUCACCAAGAAGAGGUUCAGUCCAGCCUGAGAAUAAUGAAUGCACUGAGUAGUAAAGAAAAGGAAAAAUUCUUGAAAGCAAAGGAGCUGAUUUCUGCUGACUUAGAAAACACCCUUGCUGAACUCUCUGAACUAGAUGAUGAAGUUCAGGAAGCCAUCCGAACCAGACAGGCCACAUUGACUAAAGUAUAUAAAUUGUGUCAGAAGUAUUAUCAAGUAUUUCAGGCAGCUAAAGACUGGCUUGAGGAUGCUCAAGAAUUGUUACAGCUGGCAGGCAGUGGAUUGGAUGUGGAAGGCUCAGAGGAGAACCUGAGAAGUCACGUGGAAUUUUUCAGUACUGAAAAUGAGUUCCGUAGUCAUCUGGCAGAACUUCAGGGUUUGGUUUCUAAACUGGAACCAUUUAUCAAAACCACUGGAAAGGAAGAACUAUUGCACAAGGUGACUUCCUUGGAAGAAAAAGGCAAGAAAGUCAUUCAGGAAUCCCAAGUCCAAUUAGACCUACUGCAAAGAUGUGCAACUCAAUGGAAGGAUUACCAGAAAUCAAGAGAGGAUGUUAUUGAGCUGAUGAAUGAGGCCGAAAAGAAGUUAUCUGAGUUUUCUGUAUCCAAAGCUUCUUCCAGUUGUGGAGCAGAAGAAAAAUUACUGGAUCACAAGUCACUAAUAUCUCUAGUAAGCUCCUUCCAUGAGAGGAUCAUAGCCCUAGAAGAAAAGGCUUCUCAGUUAGAGAAAAAUGGAAAUGAUGCCAGCAAGGCAACUAUCAGCAGGUCAAUGACUACAGUCUGGCAACGCUGGACACGCAUUCGUGCUGUAGCUCAGGACCAGGAGAAGAUUCUGGAAGAUGCAGUGGAUGAGUGGAAAAGCUUCAAUAGCAAGGUUCAAAAAGCCACUGAAAUGAUAGAUCAGCUACAAGAUAAUUUACCUGGAAGCUCAGCAGAGAAAGCCUCAAAAACAGAGCUCUUGGCACUCCUUGAAUAUCAUGACACAUUUAUUCUUGAGGUGGAACAGCAGCAGGCAGCUCUAGGUGUACUAAAGCAGCAGGCUCUGAACAUGCUACAUGAUGGGGAGGUAGAGUCAUCUACUGAAGAAGAGCUACCUAUCACUCAAGAAAUCACAGCAAUGCAAGAUAGAUGUCUCAACAUGCAGGAGAAAGUGAAAACAAAUGGGAAGUUGGUUAAGCAAGAACUAAAGGAUCGUGAAGUAGUGGAGACCAAGAUUCAUUCAGUAAAGUCUUGGAUUCAGGAAACAAAAGAAUAUUUGGUGAAUCCUACAAUGGAAAUAGAUGCUCAACUUGAGGAACUGAAGGGUCUCAUGACUGAAGCCACCACUCACCACCAGGCCAUUGAGAAAAUGACUGAAGAGCAGAAAAAUAAAUACCUGGGUCUCUAUACCAUAUUACCUUCUGAGCUCUCUCUUCAGUUAGCUGAAAUAACAAUGAACAUAGAAACUAUACGUGAUCAGAUCCAAGCCAAAGAAAAAGAAACCCAGAGAAGCAAAGCAAUGAAUCAGGAAUUCAGCCAAAAAAUUCAGAAGACAGCAAAAGAGCUCACAACUAUUUUGACCAAGCUGAAAGCAAAAACAAAUGAUUUAGCUCAAGCUAAAAUUGAUCAGAAGGCCCUUGGAGAGGAAUUAGAUGGUUGUAAUAUAAAGCUAAUGGAACUAGAUGCAACUGUGCAAGAUUUCACCGAACAGAAUAGCCAACUGGCUAAGCAGCUGGCCAAGAGGAUUGGGAAACUGACUGAGCUUCACCAGCAGACCAUUAGGCAGGCUGAAUACAGGAUCUCCAAACUCAAUCAGGCAACUGCACAUUUAGAAGAAUAUAAUGAGAUGUUGGAAUUCGUAAUGAAAUGGGUAGAGAAAGCUAAGGUCCUGGUACAUGGAAAUAUUGCUUGGACUUCUGCUAGCCAGCUUCGAGACCAAUUCAUUUCAUAUCAGACCAUGCUAGAGGAAUCUGGAGAAAUUCACACUGAUCUGGAGGCCAUGAAAGAAAAGAUAGAAUAUCUCAGCAGCGUUUAUUGUACAGAAGGCAUGUCUCAGCAAGUGUCAGAACUGGGACGAGAGACGGAGGGGUUACGGCAACUUAUCAGAUCACGUUUGCAGAGUCUCCAAGAUGCUGCCAAGGAUAUGAAAAAAUUUGAAGCUGAGCUAAAAAUCCUACAAGCUGCUCUGGAGCAAGCUCAGAAAACUCUUACUUCUCCAGAGUUGGGACGUCUAAGUCUGAAAGAACAGCUUUCUCAUCGACAGCAUCUUCUGUCUGAAAUGGAAUCACUGAAGCCAAAGGCGGAAGCUGUGCAAAUUUGUCAGAGUGCUCUAAGAAUCCCCGAAGAGGUGGUCACUAACCUGCCUAUAUGCCACAUGGCUCUCAGACUCCAAGAGGAAGCCAGCCGUUUACAACACACAGCUAUUCAGCAGUGCAACAUAAUGCAGGAAGCAGUGGUGCAGUAUGAGCAAUAUGAACAAGAAAUGAAGCAUCUACAGCAAUUAAUAGAAGGAGCUCAUAGAGAGAUCCAGGAUAAGCCAGUGGCCACCAGUAAUAUCCAGGAGCUACAAGCCCAGAUUUCUCGUCACGAGGAGCUGGCUCAGAAAAUCAAGGGAUACCAGGAACAGAUUGCCUCUUUGAAUUCUAAGUGCAAGAUGUUAACAAUGAAAGCUAAGCAUGCUACCAUGCUGUUGACAGUGACAGAAGUAGAAGCGCUUUCAGAAGGAAUGGAGGACCUGGACACUGAGCUCCUCCCAACGCAUCCCACACAUCCCUCAGUGGUUAUGAUGACUGCGGGUCGCUGUCACACGCUGCUUUCACCUGUCACUGAGGAAUCUGGGGAGGAGGGAACCAACAGUGAGAUUUCCUCUCCACCUGCCUGUCGCUCUCCUUCACCUGUGGCUAAUACAGAUGCUUCUGUUAACCAGGACAUUGCUUAUUACCAAGCCUUAUCUGCUGAACAGUUGCAGAAUGAUGCUGCCAGAAUUCAAGCCAGCACAUCAUCAACUCAGGAGUUCUAUGACCCAGGGCUAGAGUCAUCUACCAGUGCUAAACUGGACGAUUUGCAGCGUUCAUGGGAAACCCUAAAGAAUGUGAUCAGUGAAAAGCAGCGUACUCUCUAUGAAGCUCUGGAACGCCAGCAGAAAUACCAAGACUCUCUUCAGUCUAUUUCUACAAAGAUGGAGGCUAUUGAGGUGAAACUGAAUGAAAGUCUAGAACCUAGCAAGAGUCCAGAAAGCCAGAUGGCUGAACACCAGGCCUUGAUGGAUGAGAUCCUCAUGCUUCAGGAUGAAAUUAGUGAACUGCAGACGUCUCUAGCAGAAGGGCUAGUGUCAGAGUCUUUGGAAGCAGAUGCCGCUGAACAGCUGGCCUUGCAAUCCACCCUCAUUGUCUUAGCUGAGAGAAUGUCUACAAUCAAGAUGAAAGCUUCAGGAAAACGACAGCUGUUAGAGGAAAAGUUAAAUGAGCAACUUGAAGAACAGAGGCAAGAGCAAGCUCUGAAAAGAUAUUGCUGUGAAGCUGAUGAACUUGACCAUUGGUUAUUGAGUACUAAAGCUACUCUGGACAGUACAUUGGUUUCACCCACAGAACCAAUGGACAUGGAAGAUCAGCUGGUUGACUGUCAGAACAUGUUGGUGGAAAUAGAACAAAAGGUAGUGGCCUUAUCAGAGCUCUCCAUUCACAAUGAAAACCUGCUCAUGGAAGGAAAAGCUCAUACCAAGGAUGAGGCAGAACAGUUGGCAAUCAAGCUGAGAACCCUAAAAGGAAGUCUCCUCGAACUGCAGAGAGUACUACAUGAUAAGCAGAUCAAUAUUCAAGCUACAUCACAAGAGAAGGAGGAGUGUGAAGCUGACUUAACAGCCACCCAGAGCCCAAGUGUCCAGGAAUGGCUGGCACAAGCCCGAACCACAAGAACCCAGCAGCAACAGAGCAGCCUCCAACCACAAAAAGAGCUAGAACAAGAGUUAGCAGAACAGAAAAGCCUUCUUCGAUCAGUAGCAAGUCGUGGAGAAGAAAUUCUAACUCAACAUUCAGCUGGAGAAAGUGCUGGCAUUAGUGAGAAGCCUGAUGAAAUAUCCCAGGAGUUGGCAUUUGAAGGGGAAAAAACCUCAGCAGAAGGCCACAUGCGUAUGAAAUGGGAAAGUCUUCAUCAGGAAUUUAGUACCAAGCAGAGACUGUUGCAGAAUGCUCUGGAGCAGGAACAAGAGCAGAUGCUUUAUAGCAGGCCGAAUAGACUGCUGCCUGGUGUGCCGCUGUACAAAGGGGAAGGACAGACUCAAACAAAAUCCUCAGUUACAUCUUUGUUGGAUGGUUUGAACCAGGCUUUUGAAGAAGUUUCAUCUCAGAGUGGAAGGACAGGGAAGCAAAAUUUUCACUUGGAACAGAAAUUAUAUGAUGGAGUUUCAGCUACCUCUACUUGGCUAGAUGAUGUGGAAGAACAUUUAUUUGUUGCUACAGCCCUUUUACCAGAAGAAACAGAAACAUGUCUCUAUAACCAGGAAACUCUUGCCAAAGAUAUUAAAGAGAUGUCUGAGGAAAUGGACAAGAACAAGAACUUGUUUUCCCAAGCAUUUCCUGAAAAUGGUGAUAAUCGCGAUGUUAUUGAAGACACUUUGGGCUGUCUUUUGGGGAGGCUAUCCUUGUUAGAUUCUGUAGUAAAUCAGCGAUGUCAUCAGAUGAAAGAAAGACUGCAGCAAAUACUAAAUUUUCAGAAUGAUCUCAAACUGCUUUUGACAUCACUAGCAGAUAACAAAUACAUCAUUCUGCAACAACUGGCCAGUGUGGUGGAGAAGCCUGCAGCAGAACAAAUAGAGGCAAUACAGCAGGCUGAAGAUGGUCUGAAGGAAUUAGAUGCAAGUAUCAUUGAAUUAAAGAGACGUGGUGAUAAACUGCUGAUUGACCAGCCCUCUGUGCAAGAACUCUCUAAACUCCAGGACAUGUAUGAUGAAUUGAUGAUGGUCAUUGCUUCCCGGCGCAGUGGGCUAAAUCAGAAUCUAGCCCUUAAGAGUCAGUAUGAACGAGCUCUGCAAGACCUGGCUGACCUCCUGGAAACUGGUCAAGAAAAGAUGGCAGGAGAUCAAAAAAUGAUUGUAUCUUCCAAAGAGGAAGUUCAACAGCUACUUGACAAGCACAAGGAGUAUUUUCAGGGCCUUGAAUCCCAUAUGAUCUUAACUGAAACACUCUCCAGGAAGAUAAUCAGUUUGGCCAUCCCAAAGGAAAACCAGGUCCACAUGGAGUUGAUGGCUCAGGCUUCAACUGUACUAAAGCAGGCUCACAAGAGAGGUGUAGAGCUGGAAUACAUUCUUGAGACCUGGUCCCAUUUGGAGGAUGACUUUCAAGAACUCACCAGACAAUUGGAAGCAGUUGAAAAUAGCAUCCCAAGUGUUGGUUUGGUGGAGGAGAGUGAAGAAAGAUUAAAUGACCGGAUAACGCUGUACCAGCGGCUGAAAUCAAGCUUGUCUGAAUACCAGCCAAAAUUAUACCAGGUACUGGAUGAUGGGAAAAGACUGCUAAUUUCCAUUAGCUGUUCAGAUUUAGAAAGCCAGCUAAAUCACCUUGGAGAACAUUGGCUGAAUAAUACCAGCAAGGUUACUAAAGAACUGCACAGAUUGGAGACAAUAUUGAAACACUGGACAAGAUAUCAGAGUGAAUCUGCUGACCUCAUUCAUUGGUUGCAGUCUGCAAAGGACAGGCUAGAAUUUUGGAAUCAGCAAUCAGUGACAGUUCCACAAGAAUUAGAAAUGGUUCGAGAUCACCUGAAUUCUUUCCUGGAAUUUUCUAAAGAAGUUGAAGCAAAGUCUUCCCAGAAAUCUUCAGUUCUUGCCACAGGAAAUCAGCUCCUUCGACUGAAGAAAGUGGACACAGCAGCACUUCGAUCUGGCCUGUCACAGAUUGACAACCAGUGGACAGAACUGCUGGCACACAUUCCAGUAGUACAAGAAAAGUUGCAUCAGCUACAAAUGGAUAAAUUACCUUCACGUCAUGCUAUUACUGAAGUCAUGAGCUGGAUUUCUCUUAUGGAAAGUGUUAUCCAGGAGGAUGAAGAGAAAAUUAAAAAUUCUGUAGGACACAAAGCAAUAAAUGAAUACCUACAGAAAUAUAAGGGUUUUAAGAUUGACAUAAAUUGUAAACAGUUGACAGUGGAUUUUGUGAAUCAGUCAGUGCUACAAAUCACCAGUCAGGAUGUGGAAAGUAAACGUAGUGAUAAGACAGAUUUUGCUGAGCAGCUUGGAACAAUGAAUAGACACUGGCAAAUAUUGCAAAGUCUAGUAACUGAAAAGAUCCAGAUGCUGGAAGGUUUAUUGGAAUCUUGGACAGAAUUUGAAAAUAAUGUGCAAUGUCUAAAAAUCUGGUUCGAAACCCAAGAAAAGAAACUUAAACAACAGCAUCAAAUUGGAGACCAGGCUUCAGUUCAGAAUGCAAUGAAAGACUGUCAGGAACUGGAAGAUUUAAUUAAAGCCAAAGAAAAAGAAAUAGAAAAAGUAGAACAGAGUGGACUUUCUUUGAUUAAGAACAAGAAGGAUGUUUCUGGUGUCAUCAUGAGUAACCUGCAAGAGCUCAACCAUUACUGGGCAAAUUUAGACCACAGGGUUGGACAGCUAAAGAUACUACUACAGUCAGUGUUUGAUCAAUGGAAUAUGUACAAAGUGGCUUAUGAGGAAAUGAACAGUUACCUAAUGGAAGCCAGGUACUCUCUUUCCCGUUUCCGGUUGCUGACUGGCUCCCUGGAAGCUGUCAAAGUGCAAGUAGAGAACCUUCAGAGUCUACAGGAUGAUCUAGAAAAACAGGAGAGCAGCUUGCAGAAAUUUGGCUCUAUAACCAACCAGCUGUUAAAAGAGUGUCAUCCACCAGUGACAGAAACACUUACCAAUACCUUGAAAGAAGUAAAUAUGAGGUGGAAUAAUUUGCUAGAAGAAAUUGCUGAGCAGUUACACUCCAGUAAGGCCUUGUUUCAGCUGUGGCAAAGAUACAAAGAUUAUUCUAAACAGUGUGCUUCAACAAUUCAGCAGCAGGAGGAUCGAACCAAUGAGUUGCUGAAGGCAGCAAAUAAUAAGGAUAUUGUUGAUGAUGAAGUUGCAACCUGGAUUCAAGAUUGCAACGACCUUCUCAAAGGCCAGAAGACUGUUCAGGAUUCACUGUUUGUGCUCCAAGAGCUGGGAGAGCAACUCAAGCAGCAAGUAGAUACUUCCGCAGCAGCAGCCAUUCAGUCUGACCAGCUGUCUCUGAGUCAACACUUGUCUGCCCUGGAACAGGCUCUUAGCAGACAGCAGAAACUACUGCAGGCUGGCGUUCUCGACUAUGAAACAUUUUCUAAGAGUUUAGAAGGACUGGAAGGCUGGAUUUUAGAAGCUGAAGAAGUGCUAAGAGGACAGGACCCCAAUCAUUCAUCUGACCUCUCAACAAUUCAGGACAGGAUGGAAGAACUGAAAGGACAGAUGUUAAAAUUCAGCAGCAUGGCUCCAGAUUUGGAUCGUCUAAAUGAAUUGGGAUAUAGAUUACCACUAAAUGAUAAGGAAAUCAAAAGGAUGCAGAAUCUGAAUAGACACUGGUCUUUAAUCUCCUCUCAGACCACGGAAAGAUUCAGUAAGUUACAAUCGUUCCUUUUGCAACAUCAAACCUUCUUGGAAAAAUGUGAGACAUGGAUGGAAUUCCUGGUUCAGACGGAACAGAAGUUGGCUGUAGAGAUUUCAGGCAAUUAUCAACGUCUUUUAGAGCAGCAGAGGGCACAUGAGUUGUUUCAAGCAGAGAUGUUCAGUCGUCAACAGAUUUUGCAUUCAAUCAUUAUUGAUGGGCAGCGCCUGCUAGAACAAGGUCAAGUGGAUGACAGGGAUGAAUUCAACCUGAAGCUGACACUUCUUAGUAACCAGUGGCAGGGAGUCAUUCGCAGGGCUCAGCAGAGAAGAGGGAUCAUUGAUAGUCAGAUUCGACAGUGGCAACGCUACCGGGAGAUGUCAGAGAAGCUUCGUAAAUGGUUGGUUGAAGUGUCCUAUCAACCUGUGAGUGGACUGGGAAGUGUCCCUAUGUCAUUACAGCAAGCUAGGACACUGUUUGAUGAAGUACAGGUCAAAGAAAAAGUUCUCCUUAGGCAACAAGGGAGCUACAUUGUGACUGUGGAGGCUGGGAAGCAGUUGCUGCUUUCUGCUGAUAGUGGGGCAGAGGCAGCCCUACAGGCUGAACUCAUGGAAAUCCAGGAGAGAUGGAAAUCGGCUAGCAUCUGCCUUGAAGAACAGAAGAAAAAACUUGACUUUCUGUUGAAAGACUGGGAAAAAUGUGAAAAAGGAAUAGCUGAUUCCCUGGAGAAAUUGAAAGCUUUCAAAAAAAAGCUUACCCAACCAUUGCCAGAUCACCAUGAUGAGCUGCAUGCAGAGCAAAUGCGUUGCAAGGAGUUAGAAAAUGCUGUUGGAGGCUGGACAGAUGACUUGGCACAUCUGGUACUCCUAAAGGAUACUCUCUCAGCAUACAUCAAUGCUGAUGACAUCUCUAUCCUCAAUGAACGCAUAGAGUUGCUACAAAGGCAAUGGGAAGAACUCUGUCACCAGGUAUCUUUACGUCAGCAGCAGGUAAAUGAGAGAUUGAAUGAAUGGGCUAUCUUCAGUGAGAAGAACAAAGAGCUUUGUGAAUGGUUAACUCAAAUGGAAAGCAAAGUUUCUCAAAAUGGUGACAUCCUCAUUGAAGAAAUGAUAGAGAAGCUUAAGAAGGAUUAUCAGGAGGAAAUUGCAGUUGCUGAAGAGAACAAAAUCCAACUACAGCAAAUGGGAGAACGACUUGCAAAAGCUAGCCAUGAAAGCAAAGCAUCAGACAUAGAGUAUAAGCUAGGAAAGGUCAAUGACAGGUGGCAACAUCUCUUGGAUCUGAUCGCAGCCAGGGUGAAAAAGCUCAAGGAGACCCUGGUGGCUGUGCAGCAGCUGGAUAAGAACAUGAGCAGCCUCAGAUCCUGGCUUGCACACAUUGAAUCAGAGCUAGCUAAGCCCAUCGUCUAUGACUCCUGUGACUCUGAGGAGAUACAAAAGAAGCUUAAUGAGCAGCAGGAACUUCAAAGGGACAUAGAGAAACACAGCACUGGUGUUGCAUCAGUACUGAAUCUGUGUGAGGUACUUCUCCAUGACUGUGACGCAUGUGCUACUGAAACAGAAUGUGACUCCAUUCAGCAGGCAACACGGAACCUAGACAGACGAUGGAGAAAUAUCUGUGCAAUGUCUAUGGAAAGAAGACUCAAAAUUGAAGAGACCUGGCGAUUGUGGCAGAAGUUUCUGGAUGACUAUUCACGCUUUGAAGACUGGCUAAAGCUUUCUGAGAAGACUGCUGCCUUCCCCAGCUCUUCUGGGGUGCUGUAUACAGUUGCUAAGGAAGAGCUCAAGAAAUUCGAGGCUUUCCAGCGACAAGUCCAUGAAAGUCUUACUCAACUGGAACUCAUCAAUAAACAGUAUAGACGCUUGGCCCGUGAGAAUCGUACUGACUCUGCUUGUAGCUUGAAACAGAUGGUCCAUGAAGGCAACCAAAGAUGGGACAAUUUACAAAAGCGUGUCACCUCCAUCUUGCGCAGACUCAAGCAUUUCAUUGGCCAACGUGAAGAGUUUGAGACAGCUCGUGAUAGCAUUCUGGUCUGGCUAACAGAGAUGGAUCUGCAGCUCACAAACAUUGAACAUUUUUCAGAAUGUGAUGUUCAAGCCAAAAUAAAACAACUCAGGGCAUUCCAACAGGAAAUUUCACUGAACCACCAUAAAAUUGAGCAGAUAAUUGCCCAAGGAGAACAAUUGAUUGAAAAGAGUGAACCACUGGAUGCAGCUGUCAUUGAAGAAGAACUGGAUGAACUCCGACGUUACUGUCAGGAAGUCUUUGGUCGUGUGGAACGAUACCAUAAGAAAUUGAUUCGCCUUCCUCUGACAGAUGAUGAGCAUGACUUGUCUGACAGAGAGCUGGACCUGGAUGAAUCGGCAGAUCUCUCUGACAUCCAUUGGCAUGACAAGUCUGCAGACAGCGUGCUUUCCCCGCAUCCAUUCUCCAACCUCUCACUUUCACUCCCCCAACCUCUCCGAAGUGAGAGGUCAGGACGAGAUACUCCUGCAAGUGUGGACUCCAUCCCUCUAGAGUGGGAUCAUGACUAUGACCUCAGUCGUGACCUAGAAUCAGCAGUUUCAAGAACUCUAAUAUCCGAGGACGAAGAGGGUCAAGAAGACAAAGAUUUCUACCUCCGGGGAGCUAUUGGUUUAGCAGAUGUAGUGAUCCCAGAAAGCCCUGAGGCCUAUGUAAAACUCACAGAAAAUGCAAUCAGAAAUACCUCUGGUGAGCCAGGAGCCUUAGAAUCACAUAUCCGACAGCUUGAUAAAGCCCUAGAUGCCAGCCGUUUUCAGAUGCAGCAAACAGAAAAUAUCAUCCGUAGCAAAACACCCACCGGACCUGAAUUAGAUGCUACUUAUAAAGGAUAUAUGAAAUUGCUGGGUGAGUGCAGCGGGAGCAUUGAUUCAGUGAGGAGAUUGGGGCGCAAGCUGAAAGAAGAAGAGGAGAAGUUAUCUGGGUUCAUUAACCUGAAUAGCACAGAAACACAAACAUCGGGUGUGAUUGAUCGAUGGGAGCUGAUCCAGGCCCAGGCCCUGAGCAAGGAGCUGCGAAUGAAGCAACAUCUCCAGCAGUGGCAGCAGUUCAACUCUGACCUGAGCAGCAUCUGGGCGUGGCUGGGGGAGACGGAAGAGGAGCUAGAGCAGCUUCAGCGUCUGGAUCUCAGCACUGACAUUCAGACCAUCGAGCUCCGAAUCAAAAAACUAAAGGAGCUUCAGAAAGCAGUUGAUCACCGCAAAGCCAUCAUCCUUUCCAUAAAUUUGUGCAGCUCAGAAUUCACACAGUCUGAUAGUGAGGAGAGCAAGGAGCUCCAAGAGCGAUUGGCCCAAAUGAAUAUGCGCUGGGACCGAGUGUGCAGUUUGCUAGAAGACUGGCGUAGCUUACUGCAGGAUGCCUUAAUGCAAUGUCAGGAUUUCCAUGAAAUGAGCCAUGGAUUGCUUCUGUGGUUGGAGAACAUUGACAGGAGAAAAAAUGAAAUAGUUCCUAUUAAUCCAAACCUUGACUCAGAAGUACUUCAGGACCAACACAAGAUGCUUAUGCAAAUCAGACGCGAGUUGCUGGAGUCUCAACUAAAGGUGGCAUCACUGCAAGAUAUGUCCUGCCAACUCUUAGUUAAUGCUGAAGGAAAAGACUUGGAAGCCAAAGAAAAAGUCCAUGUCAUUGGAAAUCGACUUAAACUUCUCUUGAAAGAGGUUAGUCGUCAUAUCAAGGACCUCGAGAAGAUCUUAGAUAUAUCAAGCAGUCAACUGGAUUUAUCCUCUUGGUCUUCUGCUGAUGAACUGGACACCUCGGGAUCUGUGAGUCCUGUGUCAGGAAGAAGCACCCCAAACAGACAGAAAACGCCACGGGGCAAAUGUAGUCUCUCACCGCCUGGACCCUCUGUCAACAAUCCACAUAGCAGGUCCGUAAGAGGUGGCUCCGAUUCCUCCCCUUCUGAGACCCAGCCAGCUCAGUCCUGCCAGGCCUUCCUCCUCCGAGUCCUCAGAGCCGCUUUACCUCUUCAGUUUCUCCUUUUGCUCUUAAUUGGUCUUGCCUGCCUGGUACCAAUGUCUGAGGAGGACUACAGCUGUGCCCUCUCCAAUAAUUUUGCCCGAUCAUUCCACCCCAUGCUCAGAUAUACCAAUGGCCCACCUCCUCUAUGAAUCAGAAGACUAGUAUUCAUGUGUACGUGUACUGUUAGCAGAAGAAUCUGGCAAAAAAAAUUAAUAAUAAAAGGCAAAUAUACACACAGUUACACAAUUUAAAAAAAAAAUAAAAUCCAUCUGAAAAAAGGACCUUUGCCAAAUGGAAUGCACAUAGGGUGGCAGCUUCUUGUAUCUCCUAGAUCUCGUGUGCAGAUCACCACAUUGGCAGUAGGUCGUAAGGAGAGAGAAUCGGAACAGAGCCAGUAUUUUGGAAGAAACCUCAAUUUCCAAACCCAGAACCCUAGCACUAAGAAGACUUUUAAGUAAUAGCUGCCAGUGGCCUGGGAUGUUUGCCACCUGAAUUUUGGCCUUUGGCUGGUUCUGUGGAUAGCCAAGGAUUUUAUUAUACUGUUGGAGUAACUUUCCCAUGUGCUGCUGCCUGGCUCUGUUAGCCAGUCAUCCCAAAGUACCCUAUCAGUAUCAUGGGAUCUACAAAUCAACCAGUGCUUAAGAGAUUUUAGAAUCUUGUACCAUACAAUUUUAAAGAGCUUCAAUAGCUGCUUACUUUUUACCUUGGUUACUUUUUCAGGCAUGAUGUUCUAACUUUUGCUUUGGAUGCACAGGCUGUAAAUCUUAAAAGCACUUUUUAAAAAAGGUUUAAAGAAAACUGGAUGUAAUAAAUAAGAUCAUGGAAGGUUUUAUGAGAAAAAAAACUAUUGAAUGUUAAGUGAAAAAAAGGAAGAUAUUUAUGUAUGUACAGUUUGCUAAAGCCGUUUUGUUUGUAUUGAUUUAUUUGCAUUUAUUAUAGAUACCCUAAAAUAUUUGUCUGUUCUUUUUUAAUGAUAAUAUUGAAAAAUCUAAGUUUCAAGAUUAAGCAGGGGAAAUUAAAAUAUAACCAUAUGUAUCUACA